AUGGCGUCGUAUCAACAAUCACAAGCUGCCAUGGCAGGAUUUUUCGGUUCAAUGCAACAAGAUACAGACAUGUCUGCAUACUCGUUCUUCGGCCCAACAGAGUAUCCGGAGAGCGUGGCUUUCUGGCAUGAUCCCUCAGCAGUUCCGUUGCCAUCAUUCGCUCCUUCAUACCCGUCCAAGCAACCCAUAUCACACCAGCCUGCCUCCGACCACAAGAAACAUAAGCGCACCCGUAGUGGAUGCUUCACAUGUCGUUCUCGCCGGAUAAAGUGUGACGAGUCCCGUCCUAUCUGUGAGCGUUGUCGAAGAGGAAACCGGGAUUGCACAUAUCCCUUACCCAAUAGCACCAAGGCAGCAUCCAGGGCUGCGGCAAAGUCGCGCAGUUCUCAUGCUUCUGCACUGGCAAGUGACUCACCCAAAAGGCCAGAAAUUGACGAGAGUAGCCCCCUUGAGCCCAUCAUCGACGAAGAAGAACCCGACAAUGCCGGGCCAAUAUCUCGCUCUUCGCCAAUGAGUAUCGGUGCAGGCCCACCACAGCCGUAUCUACACAAGACGCAGAGUUCGCAAUCUCUUCAUAAGCCGAGCAUGAAGCAAGUCUUCGAGUCUGGAUCUUUUAAAAUGGAGCCGGGCAGCUCACCAUCAUCUGAAUCGUCUCGUUUUGAGUCGGUCAGUGUGCGGUCGGCCAGUGUCAGCCAGACCACGACCGACUUGCUCAACUCGGCUCGAUUAUCAGAGGAUGUGCGAUUUUAUCUGAACUUCCAUGUGGACUUCCUCACCAAUGAACAUUUUUUCUUGAGGCGAAGAAGUUCUCCGUUCAUUCAUCUCGGCAUAAUUGAACUUGCUUUAGGGUAUGAGCCUUUGCUUUAUGCUCUUGUGGGCUUUUCUGCAUAUCAUCACUCAUUGAAUGUACCUGGAGGAAAGCUUUACAAUUUCCUCAAGUACUAUAAUAAGGCUUUGGUUCUUUUACGGAAAUCACUUGGCUCUGGAGAGGAACAUACCGAGGCAACAUUGUGCACAGUUCUUGUCUUGACGACUUUUGAGGAAUAUAUUGGAGAUUGGGUGAACUUAGUCGAACACCACCAAGCCGCUCACGCAUUAAUGCAAGAAUUACUGACACCCGAGUCUUCCAAUUAUGACGAACUUCAUACGAACAUAUUCCUAUGGUACGCCCGUUUCGACGUCGUAGUAGGAAUCUUGGCUGGUACCGAGGUGAUACUUGGUCGGAACUGGUAUCUUGCCAAAGAGGAGUACGACGCUGAACAAGCUGCGCUCAAUCCAGGCGACCCAAGUAAGCAACUCGCACUGGUUGCAUCAAUCAACCGGCGUUUCGGUCUGGAUAUGGCCUCUUUAUACGCCAAGCUCUCACGCGGCAUGAUCCCCUAUCAAGAUUUCAUUGAACAGAAUGAUCAAUUAGGGGAAACCAUCGAGCGGGCGAAGGACAUCAUGAGAAAAUUCGACGACUCCGAAUACAGCGUCCGGUCUUAUCCCAACAAACAACCUGUGACAGAAGAUGACAUCGUGGAUCCUUAUUUGCCUGGUCGAAUUCAUCAGGGUCCCUUGUGGGAUGCUAACUAUACCUGGAUCGACUUAUUAGCUACUGAAGCGAUGCACAAGUAUCAGACCAUGCUCGCUGUCAAGAGACCAUUGAUGCCGGAAAUUUCAAAGCUGGCCUUUGAGCAGUGUCAGUUGAUUGAGACCAUCGACCGCUGGCCAGAGAAGGUCAACGGAGCAUUCAUCGGUUUCAAAAAUAGUAUUGGCAUGGCUAGCAUGUUUCUUCCAAGAGAUAUGAAGCACGAGAUGUGGGCUCGGCGGAAAAUGGCUAAGAUGGAACAAACUGGAUACAUUAUCGCUCCUCGCUUUAGAGGUGCCCUGGCAGCUAUUUGGCAAUGUCCAGAAUUGCACCACUGGUGGCUUCCAAAUGAUGAGGGAUACACAGAUAUCGUCCGCGAAAUCCGAGCUAUGUCCGAUGAACGUAUGAAACAGCCUCGAGACGAUGACUUUCGUGAAAACGUACGGGAUAUGAAAUCUCUUUUCUGGAAGCUGAACGUGAAUGAUGAGGAAGAUGAGCAGAGUCCUUCUAGCAGCCAUCAUAGCUUGGGUUGA